AUGGAGAACGGAUUUGGUGCGAAUGAGAACCCUUCUCUCCAGAAUAUUGCUUCGUCGGUUAAUCAUCAAAAAGUAGGCUCCUUUUUUUUUUGAACUUAAUACAAAAUGAAAGGGUUUUUACUUAUCCUAGAUAUUCGGAUCUCUUUCAUAAAUACCAUUAUUCUCUCGAAUGAGGCAAGGCUCGCUUUUCAAAAUAUUCAACUAUUUGGAACUAGUUUCCAGUCAUCCGAAGGGUGGUAUCUUCGGAAGAAAAAAUCAUCAAUGUUUUUUAUCAAUUCUUCGGAUGCUAAUUCUAGAAGGGAAUCUUGCAAAUCAUUUUCUUUUAUAUUUCGUAUAUUUUUCAACUAGGGUCGUUUCGGAUUUUUCUGGCAUUGAUAUGCACUCGAUGAUCAACACUUCUGAGUACUCUUUUCAUGUGCAACCAAGGAUACAUCCAUUGGAUGAGCCAAUAAAUUACAUAAGAUUCACUUUUUGAUGGUCAUUAAAUGCAUUUUCUGAUUUUUUUGAGACAAUUUCAUUGUGCACUCACACUUAAAAUGCAUUAUAUUCGUGGGCUAGUAAGAUUAAUAAACCUGCACAAAGAACUUCGAGCUGCUCGUUUCAUGAAGAAUUUUCGCAAGACUUUAAUUCCAUUGUUGACCUCAAAAUGAAUGUGUUUGAACAUACAACAUUGUGCCAAUAUCCCAGAUUUUAACCGCAAAUCUUAUCAUAUUUCCAUUCUGCCUUCACUGCAAUGUUUAUUAUCUACGGCCUCGAGAGCAUAAGCAUGAAUUCCUAACCCAUGUGACACAAAGGAUAAAUAUCCAUGGUCUGUACUAAAUGAGUCCCAAAAUUAAGCAAUGGACCUCAUACUUCAUGUUGUAUUAUCAUUUGAACAGACCUGAUGACUUAUGUUAUGUCACUAGCAUGCUUGUGUUUUUUCCUGAUAUUUUAAUUAAGCUACAGUUUUAUCCUCUUCGGGAAGAGAUUAAAUACAGAAAGACCUUGAUAAGAUAGAAAGAUCGGUGAUCUUACCAUGUUAUGAUCAAGUUUCAAAGAUGGUAUCUGAGGAAAACCAUUUGCCUCGUAACCUCUUAAUUCAUGUUUUUUUCUCUGUUUAGGAGGAUCCAGGGAAAGUUGCACCAUUGACUUGGGAUCAAAAAAUAAAUAGCCCUGAAAAAGUUCCUCCGGAGUUUACUAUGACGCUUCCUGAGAUCAUUAAACUGGUACCUGCUCAGCCUUCCAUGACGUAUCAAAAUAUUUUUUAUCAUAUCACUUUAAAUCUGAUUUCCUUUAUUUUUGAAUGAAAAUUUUCUGUCACCCUGAAGAAUCCGUUAGGCCAUUUUCUGUGUCCCACUUUUACGGGGAAAAAAAACAGACAAAAUAAGGUCUCCUGCAUCCUUUCUUUGUCUAAACUCUCCUUGAAUUAGAGGGAAGUGCUUAUAGAUUUCUUCAUGCUAUUGAAGUAGAUCUCAGUAUAUUAUAGUAGAUCCAUUAAGACUCUAGGCCGAUUGCUCUUGCAGAAGAGACGGCUAGCAACUCGGACAGAUUUAUUUGUGUUUGGUAUCACAGAGGCAUUGAAUUUAGAAAAUAAAAUAUACCGCCAAAUGGAUGUAACACCAUGGGACUGUAUUGCACUCGGGGCCGUAGAGGUGACAGUGUGGAAUUGGAUGUGUUCAAGAGAUACCUGAUGGUACUUGUUGGUCAAGUGAAGAAACUGUCGAACUUCUAGAAAGGAUGUCAUAAUUUUAUUUUUCAUUAUCCAUAUUUAUGUAAUUCUUCCUUCAACGUAGCUUUCCAAACAUAAAUGAUAUCAAAUUGUAUUUUUUAGCGUUUUGAGUCAGACGGGGUGGAUGGCUUCUAUUUGUGAUCUUUGUGUCGCCCCAGUAAGCUUUCUAACACCUAGAAGAUAGUUAGAAAUCUAAUCAUACGUGUUAGUGAAAUUACUUGUUAUUCACACCGCCCUCAUCUGAUAAAAAUACAGCUAAUUUUAUUUCUUGGAAGUGAACAUUCCUAUGGUUCAUAUUUGUGAAAAGAAAAUAUGGUAAAGGCAUAAAAUUUUAAACCGCAUGUUUCAGCUGCCAUGUGUCUUCUUGCAUAUUUGACUUAAAAUUUUAAUUUACCGCAUAAAUUUGUAGUUUUAUCGUCACUUUGGUUUACAGAAACACUUGAAGAAUGGGUAACUCUGAUUCAUUCAAUUUGAUAUCCUCCGAUAAAUCUUAGAACCUGGUGAUUAUAGAUUCGCUUUAUCAUUCUGUAUUUUGGUACAAGAUAUCCUCCAAUAAAUCUUAUACUUGAUGAAAAUGACCGAUAUUAUCAUCUCUGUAUUUCACCACGUUUCAUUUUUCCUGAAUUUUCGUAUUUUAUUUCGUUCACAUUAUGGGCCAGGAACUUUCUAACCUGUUUCCUUGAGUUUUAUGAUAGUCCCCUUUAGGUUUCAGAUUAUGCUACUUAGUGGUCGAAGAAAUUUCCAAAGGACGGGUGAGGUUUUCUUUCACGAACUGCUCCUCUCUUAUGAGAAAUUUCUUUUUGUUAAAAAAUCAUAGUCCUAGACAUUAAUUUUCAUGCCUUCAUUUUUACAGCAAACAAUAAUAGAUCCUUUCACACCGAACAACUACACUUCUUCUCAGGGUGUUCCCCUGGGUGGUAUUGGGUACGCUUAUAUGUUUCAUCAAUUUUCUAUCUAUAUUCUUAUACAUUUUAUUUUUUUACAAAAUUAUUCUGCUAUAGAAAAUUAAAUAUGCAUUAUUGAUUAGAAUAUGCACCUUUUACUGAGGGAAAUCAAUUUUUUUCCCGUCAUUUCUUCCCUGAGGAUUAUUUUCGUGACAUAAUUGAAGAAUUUAAUGUUUUCUGGUUGCUUAUUCGCGACAUCAUGAUCAUAAACUGUCACGGAGGGGAAGGGUUCAUCAACAUGUCGGGUUAUACUGCAUAUUCUGCAUUCCAGCUUCAAGAUCUUGGGGCACAGUCUCGGUGAAAAAAAAUAGCUUUAAUUUUUCGAUUUUAGUCUCUAAAAAUUAAAUGUUUCAAGGUGAUAUGUUUAGUCUCUAUACUUUCAUUAUCAGUGUUUAAAAAUUUGUGAUUAUUUUUAUAAUUUGGGAAUAAAUUACAAGUAAUUGCCUCGUUUCAUUGUAAGUACGGAAUUAGGAACCAGAAACAUGCAUUUUAGCGGUCAUAGCUGUGUAUCAUGACUAAUCCCCCGUGUGGGAUUCGUUCUUCCUGUGUUGACAAUUGCGGUCAUGUACAUUGGUCUAACAUCAAGAAGGACAUUCUGCUUUUAUUUUGGGUAGAAAUUUCAAUUAAUGGCGAAUUAGCUCUUCGGCGUUAACUCCUUGCAUAAUUAUUCGUUUCAUUGCCUCGAGCCACAGCUAAUUGCUUUUUUAAUUACAUUAUUCGGGAAGAAAUGUUUUUCGGAUGUUAUGUCCAUUGAUUCAAUAAAUUAAACUCCAUUAGGAUUAACUCCAUGUAAUUAUAUCUUCAAUGGAAAUUUUCAAUCUGAAGAGCUGGAAGCAUCGGAAGAAGCUAUAAAGGUCACUUUCAACGCUGGCAAUUGUUCCCCGGAGUGCGUGAAGAAGAGCCUGUAUUGGCAGAUCAGUUUUCUGUAAGUCGUGUACUUAUUAUUUGGAGCAUACGCAGUAUUACCAUGAUAAGCACUAUGGUUUUGCUCUUUUGAUGAUUAUAAUACGACGAAAUUAAGUUUAUAAAAUAUGUGGUAGAAGGGACUAAUAUUUUCUUGGAACUGAACAUUCUGGCAUUGGAAUAGCUGACUGAAAUAGGCCUCCAAGUUUGUUAUUUCUGUCGAAAUUUACUUCUCCAGCUGCACUUUCUAGGAAAGCUUCAAAAUUCUGGAAAACUUUUACCUUUUAAUCUUUGACGGACUCGAAGAUUUAAUAACUGAUGAUUGGAAGAGUCUCUUUCUGGAGGACAGGGUCUUUCAAUGAAGAAAAAUUGAGGUUCUUUAACCUGGUCAAAAUCACGACUGGAGUUUAACCUUAAAAAAACCAUUUUUCAGCACAGACAUUUUGAGCACGGUCGCCACCUUUAUCUUCUGGUGUCCUCAUAAUUUGUCUAAACGUAGUAGUCACACGAACUAUAUUUUGAUCCAUUGCUAUAUAUUAAUGUCUAAACAUUCUUUUCUUAAAGGUAACAUUAUUUUCAUCUAAUAUCGUUUAAAUAAAAUGCAAUUUUACUGCCACGGAAAUUUUCUUUAUAAUUCUAGAGGUGUUAAGCGUUUUCAUCAUGAUAUUAACCUCCUCGUAGGUCUUUGUCUCACGUCCAAAUGGUAAAAAGAGCUCCACUGUUUUAUGCCCAAGGCGUGAAGAUCUACACAAGUAAGCAAGUCUUUAUUCCUUGUUACUGUAGAUUUUAUUUUGGAAAAAUAUAUUAAUUAAAUAUACAAAGCUAGAGUUCUUAUCAUUGGUCCAGCAUCUUAAGUAUCCUUGCUGCGAAAUACACAGACGUAGUGCGACUUCAGGCACGGAAUCCUGGGAUUGGAAUCUAAAUGGUCAUAAUUCCACAUACCAUGCAUUGUUUCCGAGAUCAUGGUCCAUAUAUGAUGGUAAUCAUCUUAACCAUGUAGUUGAAUUGUUACUCUGCAGGCAAUCAAUAAAUUGAUCCUUAAAUUAUUAUUUUUUUUAAUGCAGGAGAACCUGACCCAGAACUUCAAAUAAUAUGCCGUCAGAUUUCCCCCUUCAUUCCCCACAACUAUCAGGAGAGCAGCUACCCUGUUGCAGCAUUUACAUUCACGGUACCAAACAAGGGGCUCAUUAACGACUUCUGAGUAUUCAGCUUUCAAUUUUUUGAAUGUUUUUUAUUCAUCCAGAUGCUAUUCGUUCUUCCUUAUGCAGCUACAUAAUUCAUCAGAAAGUCCCGCAGACGUCACGCUGCUUUUCACAUGGGCUGUAAGUCUCAGGAUACAUAUUCGUAAAACAUUUAUUUCACAUUUCUACACGAGCAUGCGCUUACUACCUUGUUAUCCUGAUUAGUUUCUGCAUUUUACAACCUGAAAAGGUUGAGGACCUUGCUUGAUUCAUUGGUUUUCAUGGCUCUUCUUGCAGAACUCUGUGGGAGGGAAAUCUGAGUUCACUGGAGGUCAUUUUAAUUCAAGGAUGAUGUAAGGCUGCUGUGUGAUAAUCCUUGUAGCUUGUAUAUUCUUCCAGUAUUAAAUUGGUCCUUCCUUAUAUUCUGAUACUCAAAUGUUAAAAAAAAAUAAAAUCUAGUGCUGAAGAUGGCGUACAUGGAGUGCUUCUCCACCACAUGUAAGUCGUGGAUGGUUCCUUCGUCCAUGCGCAAGCGCUUGAAAUUUUGCUCCUUUCUCACACUCCAUCGUGUACGUCUUUCCAGGACUGCAAAUGGGAAGCCCCCGGUAACAUUUGCUAUUGCAGCACAGGAGACUGCCGAUGUUCACGUCUCCGACUGCCCUCGAUUCUCGAUGAACGCAAGUUCUGAUGGGUUCACUGCAGCGGACAUGUGGAAUGAAGUCAAAGAGGUCUGGUUUUUUCCUAUUUUCUAUUUUCUCUUCUCUUUUUAGCCUGUGAUGCCGUUGAGAAUGCUUCGACUUCGGACCGUUGACUUUGGGAUGAGCAAUUAGGAAUGGAGAUUCUCGUCUGAAUGCUUUUCUGCAAUACAUUUAUACACUUAGAUAUGGCCGAUGAGAAUUCGAAGUCAACCCACAGAAGCACUCUUUUUUUUCCCUCUUCAAUCCUCCAUGAUGCUGACUCCAAGUAUAACGUUUUUUUUUUUCUUUGUAUAGCAUCGAUCGUUUGCCCACCGUACACCCGAUGAAGCGUCGGCCCCAUCCGAACCAGGAGAAUCUAUUGGAGCAGCCGUCUCUGCUUCCGUGACAGUUCCUCCGAAUGAAGUCCGUACUGUUACAUUCUCUCUUGCCUGGUGUUGUCCUGAAGUUUCGUUCCCCGGCGGGAAGACUUAUCAUAGGUCAGUUGAACAUUCUCGACAAGCUCUCUCAGAAAUCCAAGUUCAAAUCCGGCGGCUUAACGCUGAUGGGUGGGUCCAUCGAUGCAGGCGCUAUACGAAGUUCUAUGGAACCGGGGAAGAUGCGGCUGCUAAACUUGCUCAUGAUGCAAUCACCGGUAACCUUCAACAUUCUCUCGCCAUAAUUAGCAAACCAAAACUAUUCACAUCAAAAGGAAAAAUCUGUACGGGAUUUACUGGGUCAUAUUCUGAUUACCUAAAAUAGCUGGAUUGUGGAUAGAGUCUCUGCUUCUUGAUACUGCCCAAGAUUUCUUGAUCGGUGUUUGUGUCCUUUUAAUGCAGAUCACGGCCGUUGGGAGGCCCAAAUUGAUGAAUGGCAAAGGCCUAUUCUGCUGGAUAAGCGUCUUCCUGAAUGGUGAAAAAACCCGAGUGACGUAAUUAACCACCAGUUUUUUCAUGAUUUUUGGGUGCAAAAAAAAAAUGAAUUUUGAAGGUCCUUUCAGGUACCCAGUGACUCUCUUCAACCAGCUCUACUAUCUUACCGCCGGAGGGACUAUCUGGACUGGUACGCACGUUCUUUCCAAAUCACUGCGCUCCCCUGCGGAGCAUGGUUUACGUUAGUUUGACCUAAAGCGACGUCUUUCUCGCGCGCCACAGAUGGGUCACAUCCCCUUCAGAGCUUGGCCUCGAUCAAAGGGAAGAAGUUCUCCCUCGAUAGAUCCAGUUCAUCUCAUAGAACCCUAACUGACGUCACCCAACAAAAAACCGACACGGCAUCCGACGUGCUCCACAAGAUGACGUCGGUGCUCGAGGAUCUGCACGCAUCUGCUUUAUCUAGUAGUGCCUUCGGAUCAUCUCUGCUCGGUGAAGGAGAGGAGAACAUCGGCCAGUUCCUCUACCUCGAAGGGAUCGAGUACCUCAUGUACAACACCUACGACGUCCACUUCUAUUCAUCCUUCGCGCUGGUUAUGCUGUUCCCCAAGCUCGAGCUCAGCGUCCAGAGGGACUUCGCGGCGGCUGUGAUGAUACAUGAUCCGGAGAAGGUGAAAACCGUAUAUGACGGGAAGUGGACCUCUAGGAAGGUCAUCGGCGCAGUUCCUCAUGAUCUUGGAAGCAACGAUCCUUGGUUCGAAAUCAAUGCCUAUUCAUUUCACGACACAAACAGGUGGAAGGAUCUGAACCCUAAAUUUGUUCUUCAAGUUUACAGAGACAUAGUGGCCACCGGUGAUAAGUCAUUUGCGCGAGCUGUCUGGCCGUCCAUCUACACUGCGAUGGCCUACAUGGAGCAGUUUGACAAGGACGGAGACGAAAUGAUCGAGAACGAAGGUUUCCCGGAUCAGACUUACGAUGUUUGGUCAAGCAAGGGAGUCAGCGCCUACACCGGGGGACUCUGGUUGGCGGCUCUUCAGGCCGCCUCCGCCAUCGCCGGUGAAGUCGGCGAUGGAGCUUCCGAGGCGUACUUCCGGUAUAAAUUUCAGAGGGCGAAAGCUGUGUACCAAGAGGAGCUGUGGAAUGGCUCCUAUUUCAACUACGACAACAGUGGCGGCAAAUUCAGCUCCGCAAUACAGGCGGAUCAGUUGGCCGGCCAAUGGUGGGUAUUCCAUCUCCGUAACCUUCAGGUUUUCCUUAGUUCUGCAGAUCAUGAUUCAAAAGGAAGGGCAUUUAUUUCUCACAUUUCCCUCCAUUCCAGGUAUGCCCGAGCCUGCGGGCUGCAGACUCUGGUCGACAAGGAAAAAGCACAGACCGCCCUCGACAAGAUAUACCAGUUUAAUGUGUUGAAGAUCAAGGAGGGGAGACGCGGAGCAAUCAACGGAAUGAGACCAGAUGGCACCGUCGACAGGUCAACGAUGCAAUCAAGGGAGAUAUGGCCGGGGGUGACCUUCGGCCUGGCUGCCACCAUGAUCCAGGAAGGCAUGGUGGAGGCGGCCUUCAAAACCGCGGAAGGUGUCUACGAGACCGCAUGGUCGGACAAAGGAUUGGGGUGAGUUGAUAUUUCCCCCCACCAGAGAUCUUCACAUCCCUUUUUCACUAAUAUUUUCCGCCGACUAUUUGGGCAGCUACGCCUUCCAAACUCCUGAAGCGUGGAGCACAGAAGACAGAUUCAGGUCUAUGAGCUACAUGCGGCCCCUCGCCAUCUGGGCCAUGCAGUGGGCGCUGUCGCUACCAGAGAUCACGAGGGAGAAGACGAAGGGGGAAAACACGCGGGAAGAAGCUCCUCCUCCCUUUCAGAGCCUCUCUUUCAAGAGAGUCGCAAGCCUCCUGAAGCUUCCCAAAGAGCCGUCUGCCAGCGUUCUUCAGACUAUCAUUGACAUAACCUGUCGCAGACAGAGGACGUGA